AUGGAUUUUGAAAACAAAUUUAUUAGCUUAAUCACUUUUCACACUGAGUCGAACUAUGGAGCCUAUAGUUAACAAAUCAUUAUUCUCAAAAGAAUGUCAACAAAGAGAUCAAUAGAAAAAUAUAAAUAGAUCGCCGAGAUACCAAAUUAUUGUGCGCAUGCGUCAUAAUUUCCAAGAUGUCUUCUUCCUUGGACCUACGACAAAAAUUGAAUCAACUCCAAAUUAGCAUUCAAGAUGAAAACAGAGCGAGAAAAGAGAGGCCAUCUAUUGAUUUUAAUUUAGAAUCACCUAAGAUGCCUCGGCAGAGGCCAGCUCUUCAAUUAAAUCACAAUGGAGGGUUAUCACCGCAUGCAAGACGGGACAAGAAACAUGUACAAAUGCCGCUAUCAUGUGGACCUAUUAACAGAAGUACAAUAGAUGGGCCUGAAAUUGACAGGAAGCUACAGGAAAUAAUGAAACAGACUGGGCUUCUGACAACAGAAGGCAAGCGCUAUCACAUCAAUGUCGACAGCCUGGAAUCAAUAGGGGAACUUGGGUUUGGAAGCUGUGGUCAUGUGAUUCGCAUGAGACACAAGGAAAGUAAUACAAUACUAGCGGUAAAGCAAAUGAGAAGAUCAGGUAACAAAGAAGAGAAUAAGAGAAUUCUAAUGGACUUGGAUGUGGUACUCAAAAGUCACAAUAGCCCUUUUAUCGUGCAAUGCUUAGGGGCUAUAGUAACACCUAGUGAAGUUUGGAUCUGCAUGGAGCAGAUGGCUACCUGCUUAGACAAACUUAUCAAGAAACUCAGAGAACCGGUCCCGGAACAGAUCAUCGGCAAGAUGGUUGUAGCAAUUGUGAAUGCACUGAACUACCUGAAAGAAAAACAUGGUGUAAUGCACAGAGACGUCAAACCAUCAAACAUGCUCCUUGAUGAAAAGGGUGUGGUCAAACUAUGUGACUUUGGUAUCAGUGGCAGACUAGUUGACAGUAAGGCCAGGACGAGGAGUGCCGGAUGUGCAGCAUACAUGGCACCGGAGAGGAUAGACCCACCCGAUCCAAACAAUCCAGAUUAUGAUGUCAGAGCCGAUGUUUGGAGUUUAGGAAUUUCACUGGUGGAAAUAGCAACAGGGGAAUUCCCUUACAAGAAUUGUACAAAUGACUUUGAGGUACUAGCCAGAGUGUUGUCUGAAGAUCCCCCGAGGCUUCCUAUGAAGAGAGGCUUCUCAGUUGACUUUCACUCUUUCAUUCAGUGCUGUUUGACAAAAGAUUAUAAUAAAAGACCUAAAUACAAGCAACUCAUGGAGCACAGCUUUUUCAAGAGGUACCUGGUGGCCAGGGUGGACGUAGCAUCCUGGUUUGCAUCGGUCAUGCACAAGGUUAGGACGCAAUCAAGCCGGCAGGAUAGGCAUACCCCGUAAUGACCGGCCAAGCUCAGCGUUCACCCAUCACACCUCUGUGACAAAAGUGCAACAAACCUCUGCACUCUCUUUGAACUUUUUAAACCAGCGUCCGUUCACUGGGCGUCAUCAUAGCACCGUUUCAAGAACUCUUCAAGAUCCGUGGACCUAAAUGGACGUGGCCGUCACCAUGGCGCUGGAGGGAGGCACUUUUUUCACAGUUCAGGUGCACGUGACCGGCUCUGUUUUACCAUGAGUAUACUUUUUUUGACAACCUCGUGCGCAUGUACUGUGUGGCAUGCUUGCAUCAGCCGAGGUGGACAAUUCCAUGACGUUGAAUACUUCGUGUUUUUUUGUGUGUUAGCGUCGUCACUGAGACCACUAUACUGGUUUAUGUACUCUGACAAACCUCAUUGAAUGAUUGCAUCGGUAGAAAUCUAGCCAUAUCUCCUUAUUGUACAAAAGAAGAGGAAUAUUAUCACCCCCCCCUUAAAAUCAUGACUUGUAAGACAUUUGGAUGCAAAAUCUAGAGAUAAUUUAUAUUUCUGCAUCAUUUUUGUCUCUGCUUCGUGUCCAGUGCUCCUUUUUAAUCAAUCAUUGUGUUUUGUAAUUUAUAUUCUUAAAUUAACCAUGUGUUAUGUCCGUAACAAUAGGUCUAGUGAUAAUCUUGAUAUUUAGCUUGAAGACAUUUCAAUGGAUCUCUGUAGGUGCAAAUUUCGUUGGUUUUCUUUUUAGUGGAAAUAUGUUUUUUCAGCUUUUGGCAACACUUACAUAAAAGGGCACUUUUUUCUUCAUUAUUGUUUCUAUCAGACUGUAGUAAAUUAUAUUCUUUGUAAAUGUCUAUUCCGAAGGGAGUUUCAAUUUUUUUUUAAAGUCAUUGUCUCUAAACAUGGACUGCAUACAACUGCACAAGACAUGUUCAUCCUUUCUAUUUCUCAAGGGGAUAUGUACAAACACCAUGGAUUUAAUGAGCAUAUAUAGCCAAAAAUCCCAAUUAACUUUUAGUUCUAUUGGUAGAAUGAAAUAUCAUUCAUGUGAAGAAACUAUUGUUUUAUUGGACAGUCCAUACAUUUAAGAAUCAUGGAAAUUCAGCUUCUCAUAUAUAUAUUUAUAUUUGCCUUCAGAUCAACAUGAAAUUGUUACUAACAAUCCAUAUUAUGAAUCAUAUACCCUAUUAACCAACAUUUGUCUGCUGGAGGUGAUUGGAAGUAUCAAUUGGAAAUUUGCUAUUAAUGAAUCAGUUUUAACUAAAUCAAGUCAAUUGAUGCUUUCUUUUUCACUAAGCAAUCGACAUGCUAUUCACUCUCAGUUUCUUUCAAAUACCGCAUAGAAGAUGAUCAGUGUUGUCAUGUUGCUUGUAAAUUUCUUUGACAUGUUGAUUUCAACUGCCCGGGUGGGUGUUUCAUAAAGCUGUUCGUAAGUUAAGAGCGACUUUAAGAACGACUGGUGAUCCCUUCUUACGCGCUAAACCAUCGCCUAUGGUGUGUACCAUGUAUACCAUUUACCAAAAGAAAGGAUCACCAGUCGUUCUUAAGGUCCAAAUCUAGUACUCACCUACAGUACAUGUACCCACACAAACUACAUAGAACCUAUUGAGACAUUCUCCUAGUUUAUUUAAAGUCAAAGGGUGUUUGGUAUGUGUUUCAAGUUCACAAGAAAAAUUGAUACCCAAAAUUCUUAAAAAAAUUAGCAGCCUUCCUGCAAUGCAAUUCAUAGAAAUGAAGAAGAGUUUGUGAUGGAAAAGAGAGUAUGUCUUGAGAGUAGUGAUUUGGGACUAAUAAUAAUAAUCUCUAAUAAAAGAAAAAAUGAAAAUUCUGGAUCAUUUACUCAAUUAUAAAGCUGUACAGCUUUAUUUUCAGUUUCUUAUCCUUUAAUUUAUCAGAAAGAAUCUUAAUGGGAGGCAGUAGUUGCUUUGCUUGUGUAAUAAUACUGUUAUAUGUUAAAACUAUUAUUUUUAUGAAAAAUUUGCAAAACAUUCAAUUCAAUUAUGUUCAUUUUAUUGUCCAUUGUUUGGAAAUUCUUUGAAACAUUAAUCAACAAAUUUUAAUCUAACAAAUCCAUGCAUCAGCAAAUUCUCAAACCAUUCUGAGUCGCAUCUUUUUGCGAUUUCAGAUCGCUUUGUCCUAUGUUUUAUACAUUUCAUCAAAGAAAAUGAAACUGGAAUUUACUUUUUAGGAGAAGAAAAACUUGGAAGGUUACUUUUUCAUCUGAGGGCGAUGAGUGGCCAUUGCCCACAAUGAUAAAUGCUAAUGCUGGUGAAUGACAUCAUCUGUGAAAAGGAAACUCUUGAAUGGCUUCAAAUUCUCCCACGAGAACCGCACACUUUUACAUCUUUAAUAGCAUUUUUGCAACAUGUUCUUUAUGUUAUUUGUAUGAGUAGUAUCAACAGUUGCCUCGGGGUGCUAGAAGCUCUUCCCCUGGUGGCAAAUAUUGUGUAACGCUUGUUAGUAUUUUCCGCUCGGCUCAAUUUCCUAAUAGAUUGGUAGAGAAAUGGAUGCACCCAUUAGAGAAGAGCAAAUUGGAUUAUGUCCUCUGAUUUUUUCCCCACUGCGGUUUUGGGGAGGUAUUAUAUCAAAAUGAACAAUGCGCCUAUUCAUUUUCAGAGUGGGGCGUAAUGUUACAACUCGUGGGAGAUUGGUUUUGCCCCUGGCACUGUUCUGGGUAUUGCAUGACUUCCAAAAGAAAUGCAAUGCAUGGGGAAUUCUAAAGUGGGAUCAUGACUUAUUGUACAUUGUCUCAUGUGUAAUGUAUCAGGCCCUGUUUACACUGAUGUCAUGUACUUAUGUUUCCCUGAAUAUGGCACAAGACAGUGUGAACAUGUCUGUGAUUUUGAAUGGAAUUUCUUGCUACAUUGUCUUAGCUUUUGUAUUAGGCCGUUUUUCCAGUUGUGACUAUACAUGCUUCGGUAGGGUCUGAAGAAUGUUCUAUGUUGGAUCAUCACUUGAUUAGUCUUGCUAAUAUUGCAUAAGGUUCCAUUCACACUUUAAAUCAUUUUCGUUAGCCUCUGAUAGAGGUAUAUCUAAUCAAUGUUUCACCAACAUUUGAACCAAUUACCUACUGGAACCGGGUGAUCCCUUUGCAAACCCUAUUUGAAUCACAGAAUUCAGUAGUCAACAUGCUAACAGAAGCCGAUGUUAUUUGAAGCCCAUUUCACACCCACAAAUAAGAACACGCUUCUUGAAAGAUUAUCUUACCAAAAAAAAAAAAAAAAAAAAAAAAAAACCAAGAGAGGCACAAUCAAACUUUUCUCUCUCCUUUUUUCGCCCCAUGUUUUUUUCAAAUGAAAAGGUUUGAAAUUAAAUAGUUAAUUGUAUUCAGACAAUCUUGGGGGGGGGGGGGGGGGAGAUGAUAAAACCCUUAUCAAGGUAUUUUUGUGUGUCUUUGUUACCAUGACAAUUUUCAAGUUUUGCAAACCAAUGUUCUUUAGCUGCCUACUCAUUCUUAAUUUUCCGGAAAAGCAGUUUCACCAGGAUGGAAGACCUUCAUAGCUAACCCAUCAAUAGCUUUUGUUUUCCAGGAAAAUUAGUAACAUGAACUAGAGAUCUAUUCUGGAAAAAAAGUAAAGCUAAAAUCAAGAAAUUCACAAGAAAACGGAUCGUGGGAUAAAACUUGUUUUGGUUUUUUAUUACAUUUUGUAGAAUAAAAGGUCAGGGAAUCAGGUUGUUUUCAAGUAAUAGUCUGGAACUUUGAUACAAAAGCAAAAAAGAUCUCUUUAUCCCUAACUUAGUUUUCUGCCCAGAAUGUGUGAAACAAAAACAUUGCCGAUUGCCUCAUAAAUGUAUUUUUGAAUUGUCCCCCUUGUAAUUACUCAGAAAGACACAUUCUUUACUUCAUAGCUGUUUGUAUUUUAAUCCAAAUGAGACUAACAAUUUAUAUCCCUAUGUGCUUCUAUCCUCGAUGACCUUUUAUAGAUCAACCUCAAUUGAUUUCAAAUAUUGUAAAAUUUAUGUGAUUAAAAAAUGUUAGAAGGGCAAAACCA